GCCCUCCACAGCCAUGGAUGAAGUCACCUUCCAAAGCGACCUGGUGCUGUCUGACGUCCACAUGGACAUGCCAAGCCACAGACAGCUCAUGGUGCGGUUGAACGAUGCAGGGCAGCCAGUUUUCCUGUCUCACUUCAGGCUGCUUCAGAGCCUGACCUCUUGUGCAGACUCAGGGGGAGACACAGAAGAGCACUCACCCACCCGGACAUCCCCAGGCAGUGUCCACAGCAGCGAGGGACCCACCCUCUCUGGCCAAGAUGGGGCAGGAACUCAGUUGGACAGAGAUGGGGAUUUGGAUGUGGUGAGGAGACCCCGGGCAGCCUCGGACCCCGACUCCACAGGGCUCCUGAGGAACAAGGUGCAUCCCUCGAUCCUCAGGCAGGAAGAAGAAGAUGCCAUUAGUGCAGAGGAAGCCUACGGGAGCAAUCCGCUCAGUCUCAUUCAAAUUGAGCACACCAUGGCCACACCCCUGGAGGAUGUGGGCAAGCAGGUGUGGCGUGGCGCCCUGCUCCUGGCCGACUACCUCCUCUCACAGAAGAGCUUCCUGCAGGGCCGCACUGUGCUGGAAUUGGGUGCAGGCACCGGACUGGUCAGCAUCGUGGCAGCCACCAUAGCCAGCACUGUCUACUGCACAGAUAUCGGGGAUGACCUCCUGGCCAUGUGCCAGCGGAACGUGAUGCUCAACAGUCGCCUGAUGGCCACCUCAGGUGGUGUUGUCAAGGUCCGGCGGCUGGACUGGCUGAAGACUGACCUCUGCACAGAUCCCUCGGUCCCCUUCAGCUGGUCUGAGGAGGACGUUUCCCACCUGUACGGCCACACCACUGUCCUGCUGGCUGCCGAAGUAUUCUAUGACACCGAGCUGACAGAUGCGCUAUUCCAUACGCUGACCUGCCUGGCCCGCCAGCUGCAGGGCCCUUGCCGGCCCAUCCUGUGUGUAGAGAAGAGACUGAACUUCACGCUGAAGCACUUGGAUGUGACGUGUGAGUCCUACGACCACUUCCGCGCAGCGCUGCAGCAGCUGGAGACGACCCCCAACAGCCCCGACGGCCAGCUGCGCUUUGUGGUACAGCCCAUAGACGUGGCCUUCCCACAGCGCCUUGUCUAUGAGCGCAUCCCACAGCUGGAGCUCUGGAAGGUCCUUGUGGAACCAGUAACGUGACGUUGUAAUAAAUCAAGUCAGAAGCUCCCCA